GCGCCAUGUUGUCGAGCUGUUUUGUUCAGUCAUUGUGUAAUGGAGAGAAACCCGGGGGUCGGAUCCGCACAGAAAAGCACCGAGAAAAUAUCAAAACGCUUAAACAGAGCCGGUUUAUUUCCUAUCUCUAGAAUCAGUGACAGCUCAGUUGCUGGUAAUUCUUAGAGGCAGACAAAAGCGAGCGAGAGAAAAUGUCUCUCGAAAGCCUCAGCCUCACCUCCUCCAACAAGCAGUCCCCCAAAAACGAACACACCAUCAACCUCACUGAGUCAGGAGACGAAAGAGAAGAAGGUGAACUAGAGGAAGGAGAAUUGCAAGAUGAUGGUGAGGAAGCGGAUGUUCGGGAGGAGUCCCAAGAAAAAGUCAAGAAAGAUCAAUCAGAUAAACAGGAUUGGGAUCUUGAAGAUGAUGAGAAAGAUAAGGACAAAGCCCAUCGUAGGAUGAAGAGAAAGAGGAAGAAAGAAAGAGAAAAAGAAAAGAAGAGAUCAAAAAAGAAACGAAAGUCAAAGCAUAAGCGACAUGUGUCUUCCAGUGAUGAUUAUUCAGAUUAUAGUGAUGAGUCUGACUAUAGUCCUGGAGAGAAGGGAUACCGGAAAUAUCGAGAUUACAGCCCACCAUAUAUGCAGCCGCCUUAUCCCCCAUCUUCAGGGGCUCCUUUGUCAAAGAAGACCUACAUGAAACCAGAGAAGAUGAAUUACAAUAUGUAUGAGGAGUAUGAAGAUGAACAGUAUAUUGACUAUGAGGGGGUGGAGGAGGAGGAAGUACCAGAUGAGGAAGAUGAAGAAUAUGAUGAUUUUGCCAAAGAAUUAAGCCAGUAUAGGAAAGCAAAGGAGGCCUCUCAGCAACAGCAACAACAACACCAACAACAAAGCCAUGUGCCUAUGGGACACCGAGGCCAUGGAACAUCAGGUAUAUCUGGUCCUAUGCGAGGUGGUGGGAGAGGUCGCGGUAUCCGAGGCAGAGGAGGCCGAGGAAGGGCCCGUGGACGGGGUGUAAGAGGAGGCAGAGGAGGAGUUCAUGGUCAGAGCCAUGGGCCAGGGGCAGGGCAUGGACCUCCAGAACAUGGACCUCCAGAUCAUGGACCUGGGUCUGCACAUGGGCCAUCAGGUCAAGGACCAGGACAUGGGCCCCCUAGCCAUGGACAUGGACAACCAGGCCAUGGACCUUCGUGUCAUGGUCCCCCUCCCAGCCACGGACCUUCAGGACAUGGGCCCCCUCCAGGCCAUGGAUCUGGGCUAGGUCAUGGACCCUCUCCAGGUCAUAGUUCUGGGCCAGGGCAAGGGCCUCCAGGACAUGGUCAGGGGUCAGGACAUGGACCUGGCCCAAGUCAUGGGCCAGGACCAGGAUAUGGCCCUCCUUGUCAUGGACCUCCAGGGCAUGGACCGCCAGAACACAUGAUGGAUCCUCCAGACGAUUGUGAACAUGACCUUUAUGAUGAAGAUAUGCCGAACCUUGAUGAUGGAAUGCGUAUGAGGAGCAUGCAUGAUCAUGGUCAUCAGCCAUGUGCAGAGAAGAAAGGAAAAGUACUUUGCAAGUUCUUUGUGGAGGGUAGAUGUUCAAAGGGGGAUCAGUGCAAUUUCAGUCAUGAUUUGGGACCACCAAGAAAGCGAGAGCUCUGCAGAUUUUACUACAAUGGAUUUUGCGCUAAAGCAGAAAAUUGUUUGUACAUGCACAAUGAAUUUCCUUGCAAGUUCUUUCAUACGACAGGUAAUUGUUACCAGGGAGAUGAUUGCAAGUUUUCCCAUAGGCCUCUAACCGAUGAAACCAGGGAGCUACUGGAUAAGAUGUUAGCCAGUGAGGCAGAAGCUGGUGCAGAAGAUGAAAAGGAAGUGGAAGAAUUAAAGAAGCAAGGAAUCACGCCUUUACCGAAACCCCCACCUGGAGUUGGGUUGUUACCCACGCCGCCUCGACCUCCAAUGGGACCUCCUUCAAAUAUGCCCAAUGCUCCACGGCCACCGAUGAUGGGACCACUGCCUCCAGGUCCUCCACCGCCUGGUCCUCCACCACCAGGUCCUCCACCUCCAGGACCCCCACCACCUGGACCUCCAUGUUUACCAGGUCAAAAGAAGAUCCCCUCUCUCUUUGAGAUUGUUGUUCAGCCUACUCCACACCUUGCCCAUAAAAUGGGAAUGAAUAGGCCACGGUUUCCACCACCCCCACCUCCUAGGUUCCCAGGACCUCCGGGACCUCCUGGGCCACCGGGGCCUCCCAUUGGUCCAGGACCUGGGCCUGGCAUGGGACCAGGACCAGGUCCCAUGUCAGGGCCAAUGUCUGGACCCAUGCCAGGCCCUGGCCCAGAAGAGAUCCCAGGAGGGCCUGGAAUGAAUCCAGGAGCACAAGUAGGACCAGGCCCUCCAGUACCACCAUUCAUGCAAGGAGAUCCUGGGAUGAUGCCACCUGUUCCUUCUGCACCAAAUUUCUAUGACAACUACUAUCAACAGCAGGGAAUGCCGAUGGAUGCUGGUCCAGAUGGGGAACAAGGGAAUAACGAGGCGAUGGAGGAAGGAGGUGACCAGCAGGUUCUGCUGCAACAGAUGGAUGAUCUGGAGGCUGAGGAGAAUGAAGGUGCCUCUUCUGGUCAGAAGCCAACUGCAAACAUCCCUGACUUCCUUCCGGCAGCCCAACGGGCUCUAUUUCUACGCAUUCAACAAAAACAACAGGAGGAGGAAGAAAAGGCAAAGAGGAGAGCAGACAGCAGUCAGCGAGAAAAGGAAAAUGAAGAGGGUGAUGGUGAUAAUUGGUACUCAAGCGAUGAAGAGGAUGGUGGAAGCAGUAUGAGCUGCAUAUUAAAGACGCUCCGUCAGCAGUCUACUAGGAAGCCUCAAGCACAAGGCUCAUGGGCAUCACAUAACAAGAAUGGUAGUAGCCAGAACGUUGCUGAUCCACGCCUGCAAAAGGAGAGGCUGUCAAAUGCAAAUCGACCCGUAGACCCAAGAAUUUCAAGGGACCCCAGGCUUUCUCGAAGUGCAGAGAUCACAUUGGGGAACUCUGGGUCUGAUACUGCAUCUGCAGAAAGCAGGACAGUACCUGCACCUAAAACGGACCCUGCUCUUUCAACUCCUCCCAGCAGCACAAAAUCUCAGGUGGUUGUAAGUGAAGAGGAAGGAGAGAGGGUUCUAAGGGAAAAGACAGUGGUCAUUCCUCUUGACCCGUUGCCGGGUUCCUCGCUCCGAGAUCCUAGGUCUCAACUUAAACAGUUCAGCCACAUUAAAGUGGACACCUCUCUCGGAAAGCCUCAUUUUGCUAAAGGUAUCUUGUGGAGCCCAGAAGAUUUGAUCCCACUGCCCAUCCCAAAGCCGGAUCCGGUUGCCAUCUCUGUGCCCUUCCCAGCACUUGACCCCCGGUUGAACCGUUCUCCACAAGCCGGGCCUUCGGAUCCUCGGCAGCGCAAUACUGACCAGGCGUCGGUGGAGCCCUCACAGCCGGCACCAACUCCUGCCCUUCCAGAUUUGGGUUUGCUCUCUAGAAUACUGAAGAGUGUUGAUGUUUCAGCAACUAAGGUGACUCCACAGAACGAGAAGCCUUCCGACCCCAGGAUGCGAAAGGUCCCUGCUGAUCCUCGGCUGCAGAGGUCCAGUGGUGGACUCCAGCCCUCCAACACCCAAUCAGGAAAGCUUACGGAGCAUACUGAAUCCCCAGCUGGAUCUUCUUCGAAGGACUCGGGUGGUGCUCUUGCUCCAUAUGAUCCCAGGUUAGUUACUGCUGGUGGGCAGAACCGAGGAGGAGGUAGUGGCCAGAGUGCUAUGCUGAGUGGCAUCAGUUUAUAUGAUCCAAGAACUCCCAGCAACCAGAGUGGGAAUGUUAAAAAUACAGAGUCCUCCAGUGAGCUUAAAGGGUCGGAUGUCCCGAAAGGUGUAACCAGACAGAAAGAACCAUUGUUUGUUAGAAAAUCUGCAUUGGAUCAACUGGAAAACGAGAAAUCAACUUCAGAAACUCCCACAGAUCGAUAUAACAGUUACAACAGACCCAGGCCAAAGCCAGCCACUUCUGCUGCCCCCACACCAGAGACGGGUCAAACAGGAGUACAUAGCCUCCCGGUGUCAUCUCUGUUUGGACUUAUUCACCCGCAGUUCUCUGAGGUGAAACAGGCCAGUAAAUCUGGCUCAGGCAGCCCUUUUGGUGGCAACAGUCCCCUUGAGGAGAGUGGGCAAGAUACAACCUCACUGAAGGAUGUUUUUAAAGGGUUUGAUCCCACUGCUUCACCCUUUUGUCAGUAACAGACAUUGACUGCUGCAUUAACCUUGUACAUUUAAUCUCACAGCAGGGGCUGGACGCAGUGCUGGGCAAUGUUUUAUCAUACUCUUUAACUUUGUAAUUUAAUACAUUAAUAAAUGUGAAUAUGCUUAGAAACCAGGUGAUCAAAAUCGCCAAACUGAACUAUAGUCAGCUUAGACCAUUAUCGAACCGAAUGUGAUUCCAAAACUUGUUGGCUCUUAUGCAUUCUUUCUAAACAACAAAGGUGUUUUGUUUAAUGAACUUGGCAUGAACAGAGAGCUUGUCUGUGACAAGAUACCGAAUUUCUUCUGACCCUGGAAAAAUUCAAAAGGAAAGCUUUUUUUUGUCAGGAAGAAGCCUUUAGGAAAUGUGCAUAUUAGUUACAUGUAGAAAUGUGUUAUUGAUCUUGAAAGUGGGUGUAAUAUGAUCUAAAUUGAAUGGUAUGUUUGUGUAGUGACCCUAUAAUAUACAUUAGCUAUGUGUCUUGUUUUGUGGAUUCCUGAAUUUACUCUUUCCCAUGCCAUAUUCAUAUGGAGAAGGCUAAGGCUGGAUUAGGGCCAUCUGUAACCUCUACCAGACACCCCUAAUAUGGUGCAAAAGCCCAUUAAACAUGUCACAUGCAAGGCUCUAAAACUUCCUAGAUUUAACCUGAAAAACACGCUACAAAUGUUGAAUAUUGUUAACAUGUCUUAAAAAUGCACACUUUGUACAUACGUCAUACUCCUGACAGGUUGAGGGACCGAGAAUCUAUUGUUAAUUUAAAAAGUUUUUUUUAAAAGCAUCUCCUGGUACUUGCUCCCUGGAAAUUACUACGAGAAAGCCAUUGUUUCCUUUUGCAUUCCUAACAUGUCCAAUGUGGACAUUAAUGUGUCUUCCAAUUUACCAUUUUUUUCUUAGCUCAAGAAUUCUGCUAUCCAUGAUGUAGUCCCAAAUGCCUUUAUGUUGAAACAUUUCUUUUGUAUAGAAAUUGUACACAAAUUAUUGUCUUUUUUUUAAUGUCCCUUUGUGUACAAAAAACAAAGAAAAAGUCAAGCUUUUAUAGUUUUAGGUCUGUUUGUACCUGCAGCUUGGGCACGAAAGAAUCAGAGACUGAUGGAUUAGAAUAAUCUCCUUGAUGGAAAUAAAGUGAUUUUCUUUUCUGUUGCAAGGCUGUCACAUUUCCUGAAAGUCAGGUUGGAUGUACAGUGGCAAGUUCAUCUUUUUUAUAGUCUUUGUAUAUUUGUAGGGAUUGCUGCUUCAGUUAAAAUGCUAACAUGAUUUCUCCACUAACUCAGAACUAACUUCAGUGAAAGAGAUCAAAUAUUUUUGUACUUAUUAUCUUCAAGGUGCUUAUAUGCAUGGGUAGAAAGGGUGCUGAUGGGUGGUGCGGUUAAAUAAUGUGAUUAUUGGUUAUACGCUUGUAAACUUCAAAAAGGCACCAGUCAAAUCUAAGUGUAAACAGGGCUAUCCAGGUAAAUCCUCAAAUUCCACAUUGUUAAAAGUAGUUCAGUAUUAAAUUGUUACCAGCAAAUGCUGCUAAGUUGUCGACAGCUCAGAAAUGUAAUGAUGGCAAAGUCAGAGAUCUUGUAAAUGACCUGCAGUUGUCAUAAAAGAAGUAAAGUAUUUCUGUUUUCAUGUAGAUACAACAGAGAAGCCAAUGUGUUUUGUGCUGGCAUUAGGCGUUGAUUAUGUGACAGUGAGGCACUGUAGUAGUAUUAUGUGUGGCGGAGACCAGUGUGUAGUGGCAAAGGGAUCAAACACUGUUAGUCUACAGUCAAUGUAGGGAGCGAAUGGUGGUUUUGUGUGGAAUGCUGAUAACAUGAUCUCAAACAGCAUAAAACAGUGAGUUUCUUAAGUUUAUUUAACAAUAAUGUUGUUUAGAAAAGAUGGAGCCCUACAUUUUAUAGGGUACCAAAGAUCCUGCAUAGUUCAGGCAAGUAUAUACAGUAAUUCAUACACAGCAAAUUACCCUGGGCUGUCCUCCUUUUGUGGAAUUAAUAUUUAUUAAACUAAGUUUUAAUGCUAAUUAAAACACAAAAUGCUAAAAAUACUCAGCAGAAUCUGGCAGCAUCUGUGAAGAAAAUUUGAAUCCUCUCUGACCUUGGGAUUUAACUCAACACUGACUGUGAAAGAUUAUCAGCAGUUUGCUUCUGUUACAUAAUGACACAGUGUAUUCAAUAUUAACUGUGCACAAUACUUAUAAUAAACAAGACUUUGAAUGUUUAUAAAUCUCA